UCCCCAUUGUCUCAUUGUAUGGGUGCACCCCUCGCGGUCCUGAGUUCCUUGCUUGUGCUCUUGAGAAUUCCAUACAUCAUAUUUUUCAGCCCCUCAUCCUCUUCCAGAUCCGUCCCCAAUCCAUACCCACUCAACUUUGUGUCUGUGUUUUUUACUUUUUGUUUGCCAAACAAUAUCAGAUCAGCUGUGGAAAUUGCUUCCAAACACCACAACAUCAAAAAGAAGAAAGGAACGCCCCCACCUUGCUCUCUUCCUCCCUGAGCCGACAGCGGCAGCAUCUCUCCUUCUACCUGGCCUAGUUUUUUUCUGUGCAUACUCUACAUUCCAGAAAGUUACCUUAUCACAAUGGGAUCAUCCUGAGUGACGUUUUCGAAACUUACGUAGUUCACUCUUGACCUCAUUAGCUGUUUACAGAGUCUUCCACCAAGGCAGUCUUCUUCAUAUGGAGUUGUUUUCUUCAUUGCUCUUCUGGAGUAGGGGUCAAACCCUGCUGUGGCCAUGCUCCACCACUAAGCCGUAUCCUCAGCUCUGGACCGGACUUUUUUUUUUUUUUUUUUCUUUUUUCUGUGCAGAUCACAGUGUGGCUGGAAUUCCGAGGGCUUGGAGGUGGGAGCUGAGUCAUACUCUUUAGCAUCUGCCUUUCCCAAUUCGCUGCAUUGGUACCCCGAUUUUGACUGUCUGCUUAGUGUGUGAUUACAAGGAUUGACUACAAUUAAUAAAACUAACGGGUUUCCUAUAAUUGGACACUGAGGUUGUUUCUAAUUUUUGAACAUUACAAACCAGGCUGUGAUGAACAUCCAAGACACUAAAUCUAGGCAGGUGCUGGCCACUGAGGUCAGGAGGAAUAUUUUUGAAACCUCUAAGCAUAAAGUGCCUGCCAGUUGGUGUAACUGGAAGCUUUUUGGCUAAGGCCCAGAAGGUGGCGAACACCAAGCGCUCUGCUCCAACCUUUUGGCUUGCUGGGGUCAGUAUUCAUUCCCCAGCUCUUGUCACAGAGUGCUCAGGCUGGCAGGUCCUUGGGGACCAGCAGCCGCAUCUCACGUGAGAGGACUGAGGCCUGGGAUGGUCCUUUGGCGGCACAGUGCUGGGCAGAAACCCUCCCAGUCUCCAGCACCUGGGCUCCCAAACCAGAAGCUGAGCUGUGCCAUUUGGAAUCUGCCCUGCAAACUCCCCGGGCCUGCUCCCCACACCACACAGCUUUCUGCUGAGGCCAGAGAGGGGCUUUAAACACUCUUGCAAGUCAACUGAGCAGUGAGGAGGGGUGUGGGGAGGCAUUGAAAGGUGACUUGGGGUCCACUCUGCAAGAGAUUGGACCUCCUCCCCCCAGAACCCCUCUUUAUCUGAAGCCACGUGGCAGGCUUCAUGGCAGUGACCCUGUAUCAGGUCCACCUGGCAAAUCUACUUGGGAUUUGAGCUGAAAUACCGGGUGAGUCCUUCACUCUCCUUAGAGCUGGCAGCCUUCUUUUCUCACUGGGACCCAACUUUGCUAAAAGGCCCAAGUAUUCAGCCCCCUGUCCCAGCCGAGCCUGGGUGCCUUUGGGUGCUAAUGAGCACCCCUCCUUCCCACCUGGGGCCUUGAUGCUGCCUGGGGAAAUAACACAAAUGGUGUGAAAUUUGCCCCUUCUUUGUUUUCCUUUCUGCCUUGGAGCUAAGCAGACCCCUCACCUUCACCUGGACCCUGUUUAUUGAACUGGGAGAGAUUUCACACCCAAGAACGUAGCUCUCUCUCCACGAGCCCCCUCCCUAAAUUUUCACAACCUGCCCACAUUCCCCCACCCCCUGCUCCGCCUGAAUAACUGAUGAGUCAAGGCGGGCCUUAUAAAAGGGUCUCUGGGGGAAAAGGCAAAGGAGCGCGCAGAAGGUUCCGAGAACUGGAAGAGUCACAGUCGCCUGGCUUGGUGUCCCAAGGAUGGAUCCUGCUGCUCCUGCUGUUGCUCCCCCUGGCCUGGCCCCGGCCCAAGCCCCCGUCCAGGCACAAAUCGGUGGACGAGAAGCUUCUGGGAAUGAAAGAGAAACACGUCUUUGGAGACCCUGGCUGCCCUCCGCCAAUGACCAACCGAGGCAGGUGAGGAUGCCGGUGGACUCGGCUGCUGCUGGGGCAACAGCUGCGGAGGUCACCAAGGCCGAGGCUGGGUUCCGUCACCCUGUCAGGCUCUUCUGGCCGAGAUCCCGCUCCUUUGACUACCUGUACAGUGCUGGGGAGAUGCUACUACAGAAUUUCCCCGUCCAGGCCACCAUCAACUUGUAUGAGGAUUCUGACAGUGAGGAAGAUGGAGAGGACAAGGAGAAGAAUGUAGAGGAAGAGGUCAAUGAAAUAGGGCCAGAAGGGUGUGCGAGGGCACCAGAGGCCACACCACACAAGGCCACAGCUCAUUCCGCUGACCCACCCCUGACCUGUCCAAACUGAAGCAAUCCUAGUUACACUUGGCAGGUUUCCAAGGGCAUCCAUUAGCAAAGAGUCUCCAGACACAAAUUUUCUGGACCAAAAACCAGUGUCCUCAGGCUGUCUAGCACACCCUGGCUUUUCUGAUGGGCUUACAAGGUUAGGCCUCUGGCAUGUUCUUGUCUGAGCUGCUCUUGUGCCAACAGUAGGAGGUUCCUAAGACCCGGAAGGGGAUUAGGAAGACUUGAUUGCUGAAGGCCUCAGCAAGUAGAGCAGGGCAAGGGAUGCCCUUGGACAAGAAAGCAGUCACUCCUCCAGGGCCGUUUGAUCCCCCAAUUUUUGAAGGUAGCAGCCAUAUGAACCAGUCUCGAGGGGAGCGAGGCUGGCCUCCAGCUUCUUCUCCAGAGAUCCCAUCACCAGAUCCAAGCAAUACUGGAGCCCCUUGAGGGAAGGGAAGGGAACAGAAGAAGGCAUCUUGAGAAUCUGCUUGUCUGGGGACCUGCAUCCUCGUUGCCUGCUAUUCAUUCAGUCUGGGUAUUGGCAUAAGAUGAAUCAGGAGAAAAAUAAAUGGAAUGAUGUUUGCCUUUU